CAACUACUACAGAGCCAGAUCAGUUCUUCCACAUCAGAGAUCAUUAUUGCCUGGACCUGCGUCUUGCAUCUUCACCAAUAAAACACUCUUUGCUGCGUAGCGGUGCCAUGCUGCCAGGAGGCUGUGGAUGAGAAAGCAUGUCGUCAGACUUCUACUCCCGAGAUGGUUUGGUGGAGAGGGGGUCCAUCCCCCUGGACAUUGACAACGUCCACAUGCUUCUGCAGGUGGAACAAGAACAGAUUCAGAAGAGGACCUUCACCAACUGGGUCAACGCUCAGCUUGCGAAGCGGAGGCCACCAUGUAUGGUCGUGGAUCUGUUCAACGACUUCCGCGAUGGCUCCAAAUUGCUGGACCUGCUGGAGGUGAUGAGCAGCCAGCGAAUCAGUCGGGAGAGAGGCAGGGGAAUGUUCCAGCACAGAAGCAACAUUGAGAAAGCCCUCUCCUUUCUAAAGAAGAAAUCGAUCAAACUAGUCAACAUAAACAUUCCUGACAUCAUGGAUGGCAAACCUUCCAUCAUCCUGGGCCUCAUAUGGACAAUCAUUCUACAGUAUCAUAUCGAGGAGCUGGCCAGUGGCCUAUCAUUUGACUCACGUCAGUCCUCCAUGGAGUCUUUGGCCAGUCUGGACUCACGUUCCACCCUGUCGAGCCGCUCGACCAGCAGCAGUCCUGUUCCUCCCAGAGGCUCACCACUACACAGCCGCUUCAGGGUUUCUGCCAAGAAGGCCCUGCUGCUCUGGGUCCGGGAACAGUGUCACAAAGCUGGCUGUUCAAUAAAUGUGAAGGAUUUCAAAGCCAGCUGGAGGAGUGGAGUGGUCUUCCUGGCGAUUCUGUAUGCUCUGCGGCCCGACCUGGUGGAUCUGUCCAAAGCCAGAACCAGAAGCAACAGACAGAACCUGGAGGAGGCCUUCCGCAUCGCAGAGAAGGAGCUGAGGAUCCCCAGACUGCUCGAGCCUGAUGAUGUGGAUGUUCGAGACCCUGAUGAGAAGUCCAUCAUGACCUACGUGGCUCAGUUCCUGCAGUACUCCAGAGACCUGCCGAUGCCAGAGGAAGAAAUGCAGACACAAUAUCUGACUCCUCCUAAAAGUCCUUCUCCCAUCAACCUCCCUGUUCACUACACUCCUGCUAUUUCUGCUUCUCCUCUGCGACAGGCAACACCUGAUCGCAAGGCACAGGAAGUGACGUGUUGGCUGGUGCAGGCAUAUGACGAGCUCCUGGAGGGCUGGGACUCCACAGAGGGAGAGAGCUACUCAGAAAGAUACCAUGUGUUUCAGACCUUUCUGGUGUCCUUCAAUGAGCAACGACGGCCCAUUAUGCCUUUGUUGACGGCAAUGAGACGCACUCCGAAACUGAGCGAAGAGCAGCGGGCUCUCAGAGAAGCGUGGGACACCCUCACUGAAAAGCUUCGUGAAUACAAAAUCGAGUUAGAUAUGAGUCUUCCAGCUCCCCUGGAUACGGUGGCCCGCUGGCUGCUGAGAACAGAGGGGGCUCUGGUCGAGGAGGAGGGUGACCCACAGGACCACGGCCGUGCUGCUGACAAAGCCAGGGAGAAACAGGAGCUGCUCAAAGUUUGCCUGGAAGAGAUGCCGCAGCAGGUGAAGACCUUCCAGUCCUUCCAGAACCUGGAUGAGUACGGAAACAUGAUAGUUCCUACUGAUAAGAUGGACGAGUUAAAGAGGAGGUUCACCGGUGUGAGGGUGACUGCUAAGUACCAUGGGAUCAAGCUGGAGUUCCGGGAGCACCGCCACACAGUUUUAGAUCUGUUGGGACAGAUCAGGACCAAGCUCCGAGUCUGGAAGAGGCCUUACAUUUCUCCAGAGGCUGUCAGGGUGUUGCUGCAUGAAUGGCAUGAGCUGGUCAACACACAGGAGUUACCUUCUCUGUUGGAAGCAGCUCUUCAUAAGCUGAAGCAGGUUUCCGAGAAAUAUUCAAGCAAAUCUGCCCUUGCUGCAGAUUAUCACCACGUCAGUCAGCAGGUGAAGCAGCUGGAGGAGGAGACCGCCAUGGUUCUGGAGGAGUUGACUACAACCAAGAGCACCAUGGGACGGGUCUUGUCUGCCUGGGACUCGUACACCGACUUCUUCAGCUCCCUUCAAGCUUGGCUGGAGCAGGGCUCUGCAACACUCAGCCCUGGUCACAGACCAGAGGUAACGUCUGAAUCUAUGGCUGAGUGGGGCUCCCGACAAGCCCACCUGAACGAGGUGGGUAACUUCCUGAUCGAGUCAGCAGACCCUCAGACCAGCAGGAGCCUGGCAGAGGAGCUGCGCAGGCUGAACAUGCACUGGGCCGAAUUCGUCAAGAGAAACACUUUCGACAAUGCGACUGAACCCAGUGCUGACGUCCAGGCCAGACCCCAGGACCCCCAGGCUCUGAUCAGAGAAGCCACUCUGUUUCUCAAAGAGCCUCUGGAGGCGAUGGCAGGUCCUUUGCGCACUUACAGGAAAAGAAUACAGUUCAUAAUGAGGAAGCUGAAAGAGGUCGAUCUGGAUGCUCUCGCUCCUUCCCCAGAAUGCCCAGCAGACCAGUUACAGAGACUGAAGCUAGCUAUCCCUGAAGUAAUGCAGACCCUGUUUGAGGCAGAACAGGUGUGUGUGGAGCUGCAGCACAGUGUGUCGGGUCUGGACAGUCGCCUGGCUGAACUCCUCCACUGGGAGACAGAGGCCAGGGAGCUCUACCAGCUGCUGAGGGCCUCAGAGCGACAGCAGCAGCAGCGGGGCCAGGACCCACGAGCCAGGGUCCUGAUUUCCCGUGGUCUACAGCUAGAGGGGCAGGUGGUGACAGAGGAGCAGGACCUGCAGGUGAUGGUGAUGACGAGUCAGAAGAGCUCUCCCAUCCAGUACCUCCACGCCUCUGCUAUACAGGACCGAGUGCGAGCGGCUGUUGCUCAGUCACAGGAGGUUGUUGGUAUGCUGAGCAGCCUGGGAGCCAGAAGAGACAGAAGCAGAAGCCCCCCAGAAGGACCUCCUCCAUCAAAAGUCUUUAUCCAGGCUAAAGCAAAGCCUCAACAUUUGAGACAGUCAGACACCAUGCAGCCAACUCAGCAGCCUGAGACAAAGCCAGUUUCUCAUCAGCAUCAUGAAACCUUUGUUCCAAAGAUAGUGGUACAGGAAUACAGAGAGGAAAAGAUGACUUCCCCUCCAAUGCCAUAUACCUAUGCUCAAGCUGUGAUGCAGACCAGGACAAAGUCACCUCCAGAAGGCCAGGCUCAGGCCUGGUCAGAGACUGCUGCACUGAAACAAGAGCAGACUGGGGGACAAGGAUCGAUACCUCAGCAGCAGCAACCACAAGAAGUGCAACAGCAGAAGCUGAUUCUAAAACAACCACAACAAUGGCAGCAGAAGGAGGAACAACAACAGGUGGAGCAGCAGAUAGAAGUGCAUCAAUAUGAAGUUCAGCAGCAGGUGGUAACUCAUGAACAUGUCGAGACACUUGUCAAACAGACGCUAGAGUCCCACGAGCAGACUUCACCUCAACAGCCAGCUGUACAGAAACCACCUUUAAGCUCCAAUGAGCUUCAAGACAGAAAGGCUAGGGCCAUGAAGAACCGGCCCUGGCUUCAGAAACCAGCCUCAGCAGAGACUAAAACUCCAGCACCAUAUGCAAAACAGGAUUCUGCUCAGGAGCUAGUUCAGACUAUGCAGACACAGUCAAAGUCAGACAAAGACAUUACAUCGGUACAGGUUGUUCAUCAGCACACAGGAACCCCCAAGCCUCAGCCUGAGGCUGAUGCCAAGGCUACAAAGCAGCCACAACAACAGCAAAAAGAGCAACGAAAACAAACACAGCAACCUCAAAGUCUGUAUCAGCAACAGACAGGACAAGUUCAAGGUCAGCAGCAACAACAAAUAGAGCAGCAUGGGCAGCAACAAAAACUGCAACUGGAAAAACAGCACAAGCAACAGUUGCCCCAGCAACAACAGGCACAACAAAAACAACUACAGCCUAUUGUAAGAGAGGCACAACCAGAUUCAGACAACAAGACUAAAGCUCAGACUCACCCUCAAACUAAGGCACAACACCAAACUAUGGUUCAGUCUGAGGCUGUAGUCCAAAGACAGUCAACAAGUGUGUCCCACACUACCAUAGACAGCCAGCAACCACAGAAGACCAUGUCACUAACCGGAGUGAGCCAAAGUCAGUCAAAGCCACAAGUUCCUCCACAGCCCCACGGCCCCGUGAAGACACAGUUAUUGACCCAGCCACAGACACAACUACAGCUCCAGUCUCAGGGUCAGGCUCAGUCUCAGUCUCAGUCUCAAACAUGUGUCCCAGCUGAACCUCAAGUAAAUGUGCAGCCUCAAGUACAGACAUGGGUUCAAGUCAGACCUUCUUCCCCUAUGCAUACUCCACAACAAGGCCAAAUUCAGCCUCCUGUGCCAUCCCACAUUCAACUUCGUAGCCAUCCACAGUCAUGGGCCCCUGUAAGACCCCCCUCCCCUAAGCCACCUACGCAGGUCCAGUCUCAAAUCCGUACUGAAGCAGUUACUGAUCCUCAAACCCAUGGUCAGAUGACGACCCAGGCUCAGACCAGUCCUCAGUCCAUGGCACAUUCUCACGCUUAUGCCCAACCAGUAGCCCAGGCUCAAACCCAUCCUCAGCCAAAGACCCAGUCUCAAACCUAUGCUCAGUCAGUAAUCCAGGCUCAAGCCCAUCCUCAGUCCAUGGUCCAUCCUCAAAGCCAUGCCCAGUCAAUGGCCCAGGUUCCAUCCCAUCCUCAGCCAAAGGUCCACACGCAAAUCCCGACACAGCCCAUGGUCCAGGCUCAAGCCCAUGUUCAGCCAGUGGCCUGGCCAAGUCAGGCCCAGCCUUUGACUCAACAUCAAAUCCAAACUCAAUCUGUAGUCCAGCCUCAGGGUCAUUCUCAGCCAGUAGCUCAGUAUUCCACACAUGCUCAGCCACAAGUCCAUCACCCAGGCCAGCUGCAGGCUUGGCCUCAAGUCAGAGCCUCAUCCCCAAUGUCUGUCCAGCAUCCACAAGCUACAGGACAACCUCAGCUUUAUCCCCAGGGUUACUCCCAGGCUCGGUCUCCAUCCCAGCAGUGGAUACCCAAACAAGAGCCACAGAAUCAAGCCUUCCUCCAGCAGAGACACCCCAUUCCUCAAUCAUACCAUCAGCCAAUAGAUCAAGCUCCACAGUCUCAGGCUUAUCCAUCUGUUCAGGCUCUACCACAGUGGGCCCAAACUGGGCCCGAGCAAAGCCCUCAGAUAGGCCCUGCUGGGUAUUCUCACAUGGGGCCAUCAUAUACUCAUCCUCAAAUGCAACCACAAAGACAAACUCAACCCUGUGCUCUAACACAACCCCAAAUGAGGCCCCAGAGUCCCAUGCACCAGCAGCCUCAGAUGAGAGCUUAUAAUGUUGUUCAUAUCCAGACACAACAAGGCCAAGUGCAGGAGCAGGCUUGUGUUCAGGGACCACCACAACUGCAGCCCCAGGCUUAUCCACAGCCUCACUCACAGCAAUAUUCUCAGGUUCCACAUCAACCCCAAACUCAGCAUCACCCUCAGCCUCAGAUUCAAACUCAAAUACCUCUCCAAUCACAACCACCACAUCAAACCCAUCCUCAGCUUCCUUCACAGCUCCCGCUCCAAUCACAGCAGCAGGUCCAAUCCCUAACAUACAUCCAGACACAGACAUUAGUACAAUCCCAUGCCCUGACUCAGCAGCCUCAUCCUCAGUUCCAGGAGCCUCCUCCCCAACUCAGACAUCAGGCCCAGCCUCAACCACAGUUGAAAAUCCAGUCACCAACUCAACCAAAGGGUGGAUUUCCUUCACAGCCUAAACCCCAGGCCCAAUUAGCACCACAACCAGAGGUUCAAACACCAACUCAAACCAUGGUUCCAUCAUCAACCCAUUCCAGGCCUGGGUCACUGCCACAACCCGUACCUGAGCCCCAGGUGCCACCACAACCCAUGGCUCAGUCUCCAACCAAACCCAAGGACGGAUCACCUGCACAUCCCAAGCCACAGGCCCAAACAGCACCACAACCUGAGACUCAAUCACCAACUCAAACCAAGGUUCAGUUACCAACCCAACCCAAGACUGGAUCACUGCCACAACUUGUCCCUGAGCCCCAGGUGCCACCACAACCCAUGGCUCAGUCACCAACCAAACCCAAGGCCGGAUCACCUCCACAACCCAAACCACAGGCUCAAACAGCACCACAACCAGAGGCUCAAUCAUCUACUCAAACCAAGGUUCAGUCACCAGUCCAACCCAAGACUGGAUCACUGCCACAGCCCGUACCAGAGCCUCAGUUGCCAUCACAACCCAUGGCACAGUCACCAACCAAACCCAAGGCUGGAUCACCCCCACAACCCAAGCCACAGGCCCAAACAGCGCCACAGCCUGAGGCUCAAUCACCAACUCAAACCAAUGUUCAGUUACCAAUCCAGCAGAAAUCCCAAUCUCUGCCACAACUCAAACAGGCACAAUUGCCACAACAGCCCCAGCUUCAGGCUCAGUCACCACCAUUACCCAAGGCACAUACUACAGCACAUUCCAAGGCUCAGUCACCCCCUCAGGCCAGACCUCUGAUCCAACCGCUUCCACAAUCUAGACCUCAAACCCAGUCUACGCCACAGCUCAAACCACAACAGCCCCAAAUCAUUCUCCUCCCUCAGGUCAAUGUGCUGCCUCAGUCUCAGGCUGAGUCACCAGACCUCUGCAUCAAACCUCCAGCCCUGGCUCAGGCACCUCCCCAGGCCUACACAGAGGCUUAUGCCAAGGCCCAGGCCUUGGCCAGGAACGGCUUUGAGGAGGCCAAGCACUGCCUGCAGGAGCACAUCCUGGAAGCCAUCAACGUCUUCAAAGACAAAUGUAUAUCACCUGAGCAAGUAUCAGUGAAAGAGGAGACUCUAAAGACCCUGGACCCAGAGUUGCUGGAGGAGUUUCUGCGAGCAGCCAAGGGCAUGGAGGCCUUUUGUACCCCCUCACAGCUCAGGGACAUGGAAUUCUUCACCCAGUCUGUGAGGACACAGUGGGAGGCCGUGAGAGCUGAGAUUUCAGGCUUGUUGCAACAAUUACGGUUUGAAGUAACAAGGAAAGACUUUAACACAGCUGCCCUGCAGUGCGAGAUGCACUUAAGCUCCCGAUUAGAAAAACAAUGUUUUCACUCUGUCAACAUUUCCCAGGCUUGUUUCUCAGUGGAUGGCAGCUUUGCCCAGGCAGGGCAGCACCUCGAGGCCUUGAAAGAGCUGUGUGACACCCUGAGCCCAGAGGAUGCUCACCGCCUGGCCCAGACUCAGCUGAAGGAGUGUGAAACAAGGCUGGCUGCCAUCCAGCGCCAGUUCAGUGGAGACCAAGACGCGCCACUCCCUGAUUCUAGGAUUCCUGUUGCCUUCAGUGAGGAUCUGACCACACAAAAGGAGCGUGACAAACCUCAAGUCUCAGCUGAGGUGACCCAAGUGACAAUGAAGACAGUCAGUGUGGAGAAGAGGGAGGUUGAAAAGCAGACAUCUGCAGAGGAGGAAGUCACCAAAAAGGAAUCUUUGGAAAGAUAUGAGAAUUGUAAGAGGACUCUGCAAGCCCAACUUGCUAAAAAUGAACAGAGCAUCAAGGAUAUCCCCUCUGACUCCGUCUCUCUUAAAGGCUUGCAUACACGGCUGCAGGAAAUACAGUUUUUGAGGCAGGAGACUGAGUCUCUGUGGACUGAGUAUGGAAACCUGUGUUCCCAGUUCUCCCAGUUAAGUGGUAACGUUGGUCUGGAGCAGGACAAGACAGAGUUGCAGGAGCAGUGGCGCAGCCAACAGUUUAAUCUUCAGAGGAGAGGCAGCUCGCUGGGUGCUGCCCUCAGACAGAUUGAUUCCACUGAGAACCACAUGGUGGACUUCACCGACCGACUGGACCGUUACCUGAGACAGCCCAAAGACAUCACUGCCUUCACACUGGCCAAUACCAACAUCCUGAAAGAUAUAAAGGAACUGGAUGACAACAUCCAGAGUGAGCUGGACCAGCUGUCCCGUCUGGACCCAGAUUCCAGCGAUCUGGACCCCAGAGACUGCUUCCCUCUGUCCCGUGAGGUCGAGACUCACAAAACCAGUCUAGAUCAACUCCGACAGCAGGUCCGGAAGAGUGAAGCAGCCGCACGUGCCCUCGACCGAUUCCUCAUGUCACUGCGCACUGUGGAUGAAGACAUCUCUGGCGUCCAAGGCGCCCCCUGCAGUGAUGCUGUGGUGCUGCAGGACUGUCGCUCCAAACUGGCUGUGAUCAGGCAGAGCAUCGACAGUCUGAAAGAAAAGGCCCCUCAGCUGGAUCUUCUCCUGCAGGGUGCCAGACUAACAGUCACCAGGGAUGGUGUUCCAGCCUCCUGCCUGGACAUGGUGUCUGCCCUGCUGAGAAGGCUGGAGGAGGCUGACAGUGGGUUGGCCAGCCAGCAGCAGGCCCUCAAGAAGGAGACACAGAGUAAAUCCCUGGGCCUGAGGAAGAGGACACUGCUAGCGGAGCUGAGGAAGCUGCAGGAUGUGAUUGAAGCACAAGGCCUGAAGGAGCCCACCAUGCCUGCUGUGCAACACAGGCUUCGUGUCCUGUCAGAUUUGGAGGUCCAGCUGCAGGCCCAGCAAGCCGAGUUCCAGAACCUCUGUGAACUGCAAGAGAAACAGGGAGGAGGAGAAAACCUCCUGCAGGAAUUGGAGACUCAGUGGAGGGAGAUUCAGAAAGGUUUUUCUGACAGGAAGAAGCAGUGCAGCAUCCUGUUGGAGAAUCUGAAGAAGUUUCAGAGCUGCCGCAGUCACCUGAGCAACACACUGCAGAGAGCAGAGCAGACGAUCAGUGAUCAGGCCUCCUACAUGGGCAAGGACAACCUGCAGAGAAGUAUAACCAAGGUGCGUGACAUUAAGGAGGAGCUGGGUGGUCUUGGGAAGCACAUGGAAGAGAUGAGAAGUGUUUGCAGACAGCUGCAGACCCAACUGAAGAAGUUCCCAGACUGCAGUGAGUCUCCCUUUGAAGCAGAGGCAGACACUCUGAUGGACAACUGGCUGGAUGUGACUGAGAAGACAGAUGCGUACAUUGACAACCUUCAGGUGGGGCUGGAGCUGUGGGAGAAGCAGCUGAUGCUGGGAGGAGAGGUGGAUGGCUGGGCAGGAGCCAAACUUGCCCUGUUUGCAGAGAGCCAUCCCUUCCACAAUGAGCAACAAGUACUUGCCAUGAGGGAUGAGAUUCAUACUAACGAGGAAAACAUAGAUCAUUUCCACAAGAAGUCUGUAGAGAUCCAGGAAAUGCUGCAGAGUCAGGAGGCUCCACUGGAGCUGCAGGUGAUGGAAACCCAGCUUAGGAAGAGGAUGGAGCAGGUGAAGGAGCUGUUUACUGACUGCACAGACGUCUUUGAGGAGCUGAUAGCUGUGAAGAAGCACCUAGCUGAGAAGAUAGAGGAGUGCCAGUCAGCUGUAGAGAACAUCCAGUGUUCUGUCAGUAAGGUCGAGGCUUCAGGACCAAAGGUUGAAGCCCAGAUACAGGAUCUGUGUGAUGAUCUUGAGACUCAGGAGGAACAGGCUGAGGCCAUAUUGAAGGAGGUGGGUUUGGUUUCCAGUGUGGCCAGUCCUCAGGUGCUGGAAGCACUCUCUGUAGACUGCAGCAGGCUGAGAGAAGCCAUCUCCCGCACCAAAGACAUGAUUCACCUGAAGAGAGAGGAGAGGGACAAGGGCCUGCUCAAAGUGGUCAAAGAUGAAAGGCAGUCAUUUGAGGGAUGGUUCCAGGACUUGCAGCUGUCUGUCAAUGAGUGCUUUGAGAACCCUGAGAGCAGAGCAGAUGUGGAAACAUCUCUUCAAAGACUCACUGGUUUCUUAAAAUCCAAGGAUGCAGAGAAACGUCUGGACCAGCUGAAAGCUCAACUGGAGAGAGCCAGCCAGCAGAUUCCUCCCCAGGAGCUCUCCGAGUUCACCGACUGGCUGAAGGAGCAGCAGGAGGAGGUGGGCACGUUCAGCUCCCACUGCCGUAACAGGCAGAAGCAAAUGGAGACACUCCUCAGUGACUUGGACAGUCUACAAAAGCAGUAUGAUAGUUUCCGUGAGUGGCUGCAGACCAAAGAGAAACAAUCUGUGGUGUCAGAGAAAGUCACACCUCUUCUCAAAGACCUUCAGGAUGAAAGUGGUAGAGCGGAGACCCUCAGUGAGCUGUUGGCAUCAGUGCGCAGACAAGGUGUCAGAGCUGAAAGCCUCCUGAAGGACAGUGAUAACCUGAUACAAAGGUACCGAAACCUGGAGGCUAGGCUACAGAAACAGGCUGAGGCCCAGCAUGCUCUGGAAGGGGAGUACAACAGAUUUAAUACCCAGACUCAGAGCACCAGGACCUGGAUCAGAGACCUUCUGCAACCCCUCACCACCCCUGGCAGAGACAUCCAGACUGAGGAGAUGAAGUGCAAAGCACAGGCCAUUCUGAGCUCCAGACCUGAGGGAGACUCUAAGAUGGACAGUCUGAGAAGACAAAGCCAGAGUCUGUGUGAACAGGAGGACCUGGACGAGAGCAGGAAACAAGAAGUCCACCAGUCAUUCGGAGAAACAGAGGAGCAGUGGAAGACAGCACUGCAAACAGCAGAGGAGGCUCUGAACAAGGUGGAAACACAAGCCCUGUUAGACAAGGACCUGGUCGCAUUCAAAACCCUGAAUGAAAAUGUCCAGUCCUGGAUCAGAGACCAGGAACAGAACCUGCAGUCGGUUGGUGGUCACAUGCAAGUUGAAGAAAAGCUACAAAUUGCACAAGCUUCUCUGAGCUCCAAACCUGAGGGAGAUUCAAAGCUCCACAAUCUGAAGCAACAGUGUCAGAGUCUGUGUGACAACCAGGCCUUGGACGAGAGCAGGAGACAAGAGGUUCAGGACAUGGUCAAACACAGAGAGGAGCAGUGGAGCAAAGUCCUGAAGGCUGCUGAGGAGGCUCUCGACACAGCAGAGGCUGAAGCUGCCUCUGAGAGAGACUUUUAUGCUUUCAAAACCCAGAGUGAAAACAUCCAGUCCUGGAUCAAAGAGCAGAAGCAGAAGCUGUUGUCCCUCAGUGGUCAUAUGCAGUUUGAAGAAAGGUUACUGAUCGCACAGGCUGUUUUGACUGCCGGACCUGAGGCUGAGGCCAAGGUGCUCGACCUGAGGAGACAAGGUGAGGGUCUGUGUGAGCGCCUGGAGGAGAGCAGGAAACCAGAGGUUCAGCAGCUGGUUAAAGACACAGAGCAGCAGUGGAGAACAGUCCUGCAGGCUGCCGGACAGGCAGAGCUCCGAAGUCUUUCAGAUGACUUCAACACUCAGAGUCAAAACACUCAGUCCUGGAUCAGAGACAGACUACAGAAGGUGCAGUCUGUUGGUAGUCACACGCCACCUGAGGAAAGAUGUCGCACAGCCGAGACCAUUUUGAGCUCCAGACCUGAAGGUGACUGUCAGGUAAAUAACCUGAGGAGGCGAGGCCAGAAUCUGUGUGACCAUAAAGACGCAGAUGAGGGCAGGAAAGUAUACGUUCAACAGACUGUCAGAGACACAGAGGAGCAGUGGAGGACGGUCCUGCAGGCUGCUAAACAGAUCAAGGCUGCUGCCGAGGCUCAGAUCGCUCAGGAGACUGAGAGGAGGAGGUUGGAGCUGCGAGAAUUUGAUAUCCAUCAGCAGGAUACUGGGCGCUGGCUUGUAGACCUCCAACAACGACUGGUCUCACUGGGCAGCCAAACCAAAGCUGAGGACAGACUGCAAAGUGCACAGGACAUCAUGAGCUCCAAGCCUGAAGGAGACUUCAAGCUCCAGGAGCUCAGGAGACGAGGCCAGAGUUUGUGUGGUCAGGACCUUGAUGAAAGCAAAAAACGAGAGGUUGAGCAAAAAGUAAGAGACACUGAAGAACAGUGGAGUCAAGUCCUGCGGGAUGCUAAACAGGCCCUGGAUGAGACUGAGAAGCAGUGUGCUCUGGAGGGCCAGCUGAGGGAAUAUGAGGCCCUGAGAGAAAACACCAGAGCCUGGCUAGAGGACAAGCAGCAGUGCGUCCUCUCUCUGGAUAGUCAGAAAAAUCCAGAAAUGAUAAUAAACACUGCGCAGACUAUCCUGAGCUCCAAGCCUGAGGGAGACUCCAAGCUGACAGAGCUGAGGAGAGAAAGCCAGAGUCUGUCUGACCAGGAGCACCUGGAGGAGGACAAGAGACAGGAGGCUCAGCAGAUACUAAAAGACUCAGAGGAACAAUGGAGGACAGUCCUGCAGACCGCUGAGAACGCUCUGAAGAAAGCUGAGGUCCAGUACUCGCUCUCCAGGGAGAUGGAGGCCUUCUGUUCCCAAGCAGUUAGCACGACAACCUGGGUUAAAGAGCUGCAGGAACAGGCUGACUCCAAAGGGAAAAGCACUCAAGGCAGCAAGACUCAGAUAGAGGACAGGCUGAACACAGCAGAGGUCAUCUUAAGCUCCAAGUCCAAAUGUGAGUCUCAAAUGAUGGACCUGAAGAGACGAGCACAGAGUCUUUGUGAGCAAAAAGACCUGGAGGGAGAAAAGAAACUAGAGGUUCAGCAAACGGUCAAAGACAUUGAGCAGCAGUGGAAGAUGGUUCUCGGGGCUGCAGAGGAGACUCAGAGAGAGUUGAAGGGUCUCGUGGAGCGCAUGGUGUCGUGUCAGUACAAGCGAGCCCAGGCUGAGGCCCGUCUGGCUGAGCUCCAGAAGCAGACGUCCAACCUGCCGCGCGUCUUCCCUUGGCCGGGCCUGGGAGAGCGGAGACAGGCAGUGGAGCAGGCCCACGCCCUGCUGGACCAGAGCACAGCGCUGGCCCUUGUCCUCUCAGACCUUCGCACACAGGCUGCAGAGCUGUUUGAGAUCACCCAGGACCAUGACUGGACAGAUCCCUCAUCGUUGGCAGCAGAGGAAGAGUCCAUUCCUGCUCUGCUGAAAGAGCUGACUAAUGCGGUGGCUCACUUGGAGCAGGGCAUCCUGACAGAGAGGCAGUGCACCCAGCUGGUGGAGCAGCAUGAAGCAGCUCAGAACUGGCUGAGAGAGCAGGUUAAGGGCCUGUUAGCUCCUCCAACAGACAGACAGGGUCUGCACGGUGCUGUCAACACUCUGAAGGCUUUGCUCCAGACAGUGGACAGGGAGCAGAGAGAGAUGGUGCAACUAGACUCUGCCAGAGACAAUUUGCUAAGCCUUUGCACACCUGGAGGUUGGGAUUCACUUACCCUGGAGGUCAGCCACCUUCACGACCUCUGUGCCACCUCGGAGCAGGAUGUGAGGGAGCGUCUGACGGCCUGUGAGGCCCGGCUGGAAGAGCUGGAGAGUCAGUUGGCCAGGAAGGCUCAGGAGCUGAAGGAGAGAGCUGCGGCCCUGCAGUGGGAGCUCCGCUCUUUGGACCAGGCGCUCAGUUACAGCGAACCACAGAACAACAUCGCUCAGCUCCAACAGCACUGGCACAGCCUUCAGAAUUGUGAGAAGUCCCUGCAGGAGUUGGGUGUGAAAGUUCAUGAUCUCCACCACGAAGUAAAGUCAGCCCUUGCCAUCAAUGAGCUGCCAGCAGAAACAAUCAGUAUGAUUGAAUCUUUAUGCCAGCAACAUGACAGUAUAAAAUCCCGGCUGAGCGAACAUCAGGGUACCUGCUCUUCAAACACAGCUCGCUGUCUGACAGAUUGUCUUCACUCGCUGCAGCAGUGGAACCACAGCAAACCAUCGGAGUCAAUUUCUUCUGUGCAGGUAACAUUAGAGGAAGGUGAAAGGUUGCAGGUCAGUCUGCGGGAGGCGCUUUCUCACCAGCAGUUUCUAGCAGACUGUCUGAAGCCAGUGUUGUUUGAGAAACUGGAGAAAGAGGCUUCAGAGAUGCUCAGAGAAGCAGACACACAUAAAGGCUCUCUAAAACAGAGCUUACAGGAGCUUGAUGAACGGAAGAAACCAAAACUGCAUGACAUUCAGUCCUCUGACGUCCUGUCUGUUAGUCUAGAGGAGAUGAAGACCUCUGUAGUGGCACCACCACGAAAAAACAAGCACUCACCUGAGAAAAAACACCAAGUUAAACUACAAAAAAACAUUCCAUUAAAAGAAGAAUCUACAUCUGUUGAAAGUAAACUGUCAGUUUCAGCUGAGGCCAUGUCAACUGAGCCUAAAACAUUAAAGACUGAUGUGACAGCAGUCAUGGAAGAUGCAAAAACUAUUGAUGAGACUCAAACCACAACUGAAACAACAAAAGAGAAAACUCAGAGCCCAACAUACGUUUCAGAAUCUAUCUCAAAACAAAGUCACAGCACCUCUCAAGAGGCACAGUUUGAAAGUACAAAGCUAGAUGUCACAACUGAGGAAAUUAAACCUGCCGCUGAGGAACUUAUACUGAUCCAGAAGAUCACUGAAAAGGCUGCACCUGUUGUUGGUGGGGAAACUACACCUGUACCAUCCAGAAGAAAGUCCAAAGCUUCGACCUCUGAUUCACAGAGUGUCCAGAAGAAGGUGGAGGAAACAAAGCAAAUAGAAGCCAUUAUUCUAGAUGCAGUGACUUCAGAGCCAGUCACUGCCCAGGGUAUAACUACUGAGUAUUAUGCAGAGCUUGAAGAAAUUAAGAAAGAACCUGAGAAUGAGAAGACUUCUUCAACUGCACGGGUGAUCGCAGAGACAACUGAAACUGCUAUUGUGGAUGAAAGUAAGCUCUCACCAAGCAAAAGAAAGUCAAAGAGUCCAAAAAUGUCCCCACAACUUUCUUACAAGGAGGAAACAAAGACCAUGGAAAAGUCUGACAGCCAGAUAUCUCUGAGAUCCAAGGAGCAAACUGAAGCUGCUUCUGUGGCAGAAACUAAGGCUAUACCAACCAGAAGAAAGUCAAAGAGUCUUGAUGUUUCCACGGCUCCAGAGCCACUGCCAGCAGCUGAAAGAUCUACAUGUGUGGUUAAAGAACCUGAGAAGUCUCCAACCACAGAGUUUGUUCCAGGGCCACCUGAAUUUGCUGUUUCGGAACAAACUGAGGUUUUUCCACCAAAGCGAAAGUCAAAGAGUUCAAACCUUCCUCAAAAACAUACUGACCAACAGCCAGCACAAAUGAAGGGAGAAUCCGAAAGUCAGCUGUCUGGUUUGAGUUUGAGGGAACAAACUGAAAAUGCUGGUGUGGAAGAAGUUAUACCAACCAGAAGGGAGUCAGAAGGUCUUGAGGGUUCCACAGUUCCAGAGCAAGUGUCUCCUCUUGAUAUAAUUACUGGUGUGGAACCUAAGGAAACAAAACAAGAACCUGAAAAGUAUCCCACAGACCUAGAGUUUGUUAUAGGGCAAGCUGAAACUGCUGUUGUGGAAAAAAGUAAGUUGUUACCACCCAGGAGAAAGUCAAAGAGUACAGAACUUCCUCUUAAAAUUGCUGACAAUGGGGAACAGCAGAUAACGGAAGAGCCUGAAGGUCAAAAAUCUUCUUUGAGUUCCAGUGAACAAGAUAAAAAUGUUAUUGAAGAAACAAAGCUUGUCCCAACCAGAAGAAAGUCAAAGAGUGGUGACCUUGCUAAAACUUCUGAGAUAGUUUUUGGCCAUGUUAGAUCACCUGAUGUGGAGCCUGAACAAAAUAAGAAAGAACUCGAUGAUCAAAAGUCCCCAACUCCAGAUGUAGACACAAGACCAAUUGAGAGUACUGUUGUGACAAAAGGUAAGCUUUCACCAACAAAAAGAAAGUCAAAGGGUCUGAAAAUUCCCCCAGAACUGGCCACCAAGGAUGUGGCAGAGAUUGUAAAAGAGCCUGGCAGACAAAAGUCUUUAGAGCAAUCUGAGGCUCUCUCAAAGGAAACAAAGCUAAUAGCAACCAGAAGGAAGUCAAAAAGUUUUGAAGUUAGCACAGCUUUAGAGUCUGUGUCUGUUACUGGUGGGACUACUAAUGUGGAAUCUAACGAAACUAGAAAAGAACUUGAAAGUGGGAAGACUGCUUCAACUGCACAGGCAGUCAUGGGAGAAACUGACUCUACUAAUGUGGAAGAAGGUAAGGUCUCACCAACCACAAGAAAGUCAAAGAGUCCAAAAGUUUCUCCAGAACUUUCGCACAAGGAGGAAACACAGACUGUGGAAAUGCCACAGAGUCAGAUAACUGAAGCUGCUACUGUGGAAGAAACUAAGGUUAUACCAACAAGGAGGAAGUCAAAGGAAGGUCCUGACAGUCAGAAGCCAUCUUCAACUCCAGAGGAGGUUACAAAAACAACUGAAAUUACUGUUGUGGAAAAAGGAAAGCUCUCACCAACCAAAAGAAAGUCGAAGGGUCUUAAACUUUCCCCAGAACUCACCACCACAGAGCUGACCAGUACCAAGGAAGAGCCUGACAGUCAGAAGCCAUCUUCAACUCCAGAGGAGGUCUUGCCAACUGACAUUGCUGUUGGGGAAAAAGGAAAGCUCUCACCAACCAAAAGAAAGUCGAAGGGUCUGAAACUUUCUCCAGAGCUCGCUACUACAGAGCUGACCAGUACCAAGGAGGAGCCUGACAGUCAGAAGCCAUCUUCAAUACCAGAGGAGGUCACAACAACAGUUGAAAUUACUGUUGUGGAAAAAGGAAAGCUCUCACCAACCAAAAGAAAGUCAAAGGGUCUUAAACUUUCCCCAGAACUCACCACCACAGAGCUGACCAGUACCAAGGAAGAGCCUGACAGUCAGAAGCCAUCUUCAAUACCAGAGGAGGUCACAACAACAGCUGAAAUUACUGUUGUGGAAAAAGGAAAGCUUUCACCAACCAAAAGAAAGUCAAAGGGUCUGAAACUUUCUCCAGAACUCGCAACCAAGGAAAUUAUAAAGACUAAGGAGGAGCCUGACAGUCAGAAGCCAUCUUCAACUCCAGAGGAGGUCUUGCCAACUGACAUUGCUGUUGGGGAAAAAGGAAAGCUCUCACCAACCAAAAGAAAGUCAAAGGGUCUGAAACUUUCUCCAGAACUCACCACCACGGAGCUGACCAGUACCAAGGAAGAACCUGACAGUCAGAAGCCAUCUUCAACUCCAGAGGAGGUCACAACAACAGCUGAAAUUACUGUUUCCCUAGAACUUGCUAAGCAGAAGCAGAUUCAGACAAAGAAGGAACCUGACCAACAGAGGUCAGAAUUGCCUUCCACAGAACAAAUGGAUGCUGAUAUUGUGGAAAAAACUAAACUCAUAUCAACCAGAAGAAAGUCAAACAAUGUUGAAGUUUGUACAGAGGCGGUCUCUGCCCUUGAAAGAGCUGCUGUUGUAGAGGCUGAAGAUACUCAGAAAGAACUUGACAGUGUGAAACCUGCCACAACUUUAGAGGUGAUCACGGGGCAGGCUGAUACUGUACUUGUGGAAGAAACUAAACUUGUACCAACUAGGAGACAGUCAAAGAGUCCGACUCCAGAGCUGUCUGAAACAUCACAGACAUUUGCUGUCUCUAGUAGAACUGCUCAUACGGAGCCUGAACAAACUAAGAAAGAGUCAGAGAGUCCUGUGACUGCCAUGGCUCCAGUGACCAUACCUAUUCUGGAAAAUGCCUCACAACAGAUACAAGCACCACAGAUCAAGAGUCAGAAAACUGACAUUGUUAGUGAUGUCAAGUCUCCAGUCAAGGAUGUUAAAUCAACCGUGCCUCAAAGAACGGAAAGUGCAGAGGAGAAUCUAACUACUGUACAGGACGUCAGUCCAGUAUGUGAGAAGAUUACUGUUCAGGUUAGUGGCACUGAUGCCAUUCAAGAGCUUCCAGGAAAGAAAGUGACCACAGUCAUUCUUGACACAUCUGAGGUUUUUGUACAGACAGCUGAUACUCACCCACAUGAAGAACAAGUGGAUACUUGUUCUUCAUCUCCUCCUGCUGAACCUCUGGAAGCUGCCAUUUCAGUUACCCUGCCUAAACCUACAGAGUUACAGGAGCCGACAGACACAUCCAUAAAGGCCCUGGAAGAAAGCAUUACCCAGUAUACAGAAAGCGGCCUGGGUGAAGCCCCUCAAACACGACCACUCCUCUCUUCCAAGCCUACAGACACACCACAUGGAGCAGAUUACAUCAACAAGUUAUGGAAAAACACACCAGAGAUUCAGAAGAGAUACCUGGUCCUCGAUAUGCCUGACAUAGGAGUUACCCAGACAUGUGAGAUAAAGCCAAUUCAGCCAGAGGCAGAGACUGUAGCUGAGAGUCAACCUGCCUCUGCUUCAGUGGUGCGGCCUCAUGAGGUGGAGACAGAAGUGGCAGGAAUAAGCCCAGAAAUAAUGAAUGUAAUUGAAUCUGUGAGUCAGCUUAAGUCUGUGGAUUCCUCAGAGGAAAGAUCCAAAGAAGACAAGGAACACGGUGUCCAAAAAGAAAACCAAACUUUGAUUCAGUUGGAGCCUUUGGAAACCAAACAGGAAGGAGAGCAAACUGAAGUGUCUACACAAGCCAUGCAAGACAUCCCAGAGAGCCUGGGUGAAAAGUCUGUACAAAUCUCUAUGGGGCCUGAAGUGCGCACUCUACAACAGGAUGUACCAACCAGUCCAGAGGAGACUGAAAACACAUACAUCACAAUAGCAAAGAAGCCAAACAUCGAUAUUGUUGAAACCAGUGUCCAGAGCGAAAAAAUGUCAGAAGGUAAAGAUGUAACUUCUGCUGAUGUUACACCAGAGAAGGAUGCAGUUGAGAUGAUCAUUAUAAAAGAGAGGGAAAGCAGUACUGAAUGUCCAGACAAUGUGGCUCAAAGGGAGUCUGCUCAGCUCACUUCUCCUUCUUCUGAAACAUUAGAACCUCAUGAGACAGAAUUUAUAGAAAUAAGUAUAUCUGAGCAAGAUAUUGUUAAACCAAGCCAAACUGAGACUCAGAUAACCACAGAUGAAACACCAAAAGUGGUUAAGGAACAUGGUGUCCAAGAACAGCAUCCUACGCUGUUGAGACAUGGCAUGAACGAAGCACCCAAAAGCUUGGAUGAAAAGUCUGUUACGAUGGAGAAAAUCCUCAUGGGGCCUGAAGUGCGUGUUCUGCAACUAGAGAUACAGACCACUCCAGAGGAGCAUGAAAGCACAUCUGUCACAACAGCAAAAGAGCCAACAAUAGAUACUGUUCAAACAAGUAUCCAAAGUGAAGAGGUGCUGGAAAACAAAGAUGAGACUGCUUCUGAUGCUAAGCCAGAGAAAAAUGCAGCUGAGAUAGGGACAGAAUUUAUAGAAAUAAGCUUAUAUGAGCAAGACAUAGAAAAACCGAGCCAAACUGAAACUAAGAUAGAGCUCCUGAAAACCACACAGGAUAGACCUACAGAUGUAAGGGAAUAUGGAGUCCAAGAAGGGCAUCCUGAAGUGUCAACACUUGGUUCGCACGAUGUACCCAAGAGCCUGGAUGAAGAGUCUGUUAAGACGGAGAAAAUCCACAUGGAGCGCGAAGUACGUGUUUUACAACCUGAUAUACCGACCGGUCUUGAGGAACUUGAAAACGCAUUUGUCAUGACAGCAAAAGAGCCAAGGAUAGAUAGAGCUCAAACCCAGUGUGAAGCAGAGCCACAAAACAAAGAUAAGGCUACAGCUGACAUUCACAGUGAGAAGACCUCUGCUGAUGUUCAGCCAGAACAGACUGCUAUUGAGAUGACCAUGGGAGAAGUGAAGGUCGAGAAAUAUGCCAUGGAUGAUCCAACCAAGGUCCUUCAUGAAAAGUCUGACAGAAUGGAAAAAGUCUCCACACAGGCUGAUGUGUAUGAAUUACAGCUGAAUGUACCAACAGAUCAAGUGAAGGAUGAAAACAUUUCUGUCAUGAUAACCAAGGAACCAAGGACAGAAAUAGAUCAAACUAGGAUACAGUGCGAAACAUUGCCAGAAAACGAAGAUCAGACUGCGGCUGACAUUCACAGUGAGACGGCUGCAGUUAAGACAAGAGUCGAAGUGCAGCAAAUCUGCACUGAAAGACAAGAGACUGUGACUCAGAGUGACUCCACUCAACCUGCACCUGUUGUGUUUGCAGCAGUGCAGCCAUAUGAGGAAAAGACAGAAUUUGUAGAAAUAAACUUAUCUGAACAAGACGGAGUCAAACCAAGCCAAACUGGCACUCAGCUAGAACUCUCCACAGCCACACAGGAAAGUCUCAAAGACAUCAAGGAUCCUGGUGUCCAAGAAAAACAUGGGCAAGUGUCGAAGCAUGAAAUGCACGAUAUACCCAAGAGCCAGGAUGCAGAAUCUGUUGAAAAGGGAGAAAUCCACAUGAGUGUCCCUGAACAGAAAACUGUCACGACAGAAAAAGAACCAAGGAUCGAAUCGAGUAUCCAGUUUCAGACAGUUGAAGAAAGCAAGGAUAUGACUACCACAGAUGUUCAGCCUGACAAGUCUACAGUUGAGAUGACCAGGGAAGAAGUGCAAGACAGCCAUACUGAAUCUCUACCUGGGGUCGGUGUGACCCGUGAAACCCAAACAGACAGACACACAACAGACGCAACAAACAAGACAGAAGAAGAACAGGAGGAGGAGGAGAAGCAGUCGCUUCAGGAGCAACAGAGGGACACGAUGGUCAAAGCAGAUCUGCAAAAUGCUGCACUCCCAACAGCCACAGCAGCCACCACUGGCGAAGUGAGGCUUCAGGACUUUGGUUUGCCACAGGAGCAGGUGUACAGCGUUGACAAGAUAUCAUCUGUGUCAGUGCAAGCGUCACCUGACGUUACCCUGGAUGAAGUCACUGAGGUGGAAGGAUUACCUGUUCAGGACAACAAAACAGAGGAAAGUAUUGUGAAGAAACUGGUUCUGAAGGCACCAGAAAGCUUUGCCCUGAGCAACGUCUUCACAGAGAUACAGCUGCUCGCAGUGGCAGGACCCAACAGGCAACUCAUUGAGGGUAAAUCAAUGGAGGAUGCUCCAGAGACUCUGAUUACAUCCACCAGGGAUAUGGAAGAUUGUCUCAGCAGGCUGGUAUCUGAAGUCUUGAGCUGCAAGAAUCGCCGGGCUGAGCUCAGCCCAACAGCCAUGGCCUGGCAGGUGGAGGAGGCUCAGCAGUGCAGAGAGACUGCCCAGGCCCAGGUGUCACUACUCCCCCAGCUGAGAGGAGCUGAUUCUGAGAACAGGGACACACUGGAGCAUGUGGAGGAUCAGUGGAGCACUGCUGCUCAGGAUGCAGCUGCUGUCAUCCAGAGCAAAGAGGCCCAUCUGCAGCUUGUGAAUGAUUACUGCAGACAGACCCAAACAGCCAAGACCACAAUGGAGAGACAGACAGCAGAACUAGACGCUGUGAAAAUGUCCCCACAGCAGAGCAGCUCCAAGGAAGCAGAGCAACUACGCUCCGUGCAGAGAAGUAUGGAGGAGAACAGGACUGUACUUGGGGAUUUGCUUGUGAUCUAUACUACGCUGUGUCCCCAUCUCAGCCAGUCUGAGCAAGCAACGGCACAGACUGAGCAGAAGAACCUUCAGGAGAAGUGGAGAGGCCUGGAGAGAGCUGUGGAGAGGACCCUUCAUCAUGCAAAUGUCCAUUCUCAGGAGACCAGCAGCCUUCAGUCAGAGAUAUUGGGUCUACAGGAGCACUUGGAAACAAUUAACAAAGAGCUUGAGCUCAAGUCUCCUUCAGAUAAUCAGUGGAAUUGUGAGAAAGCGCAGCAGUUGAUGGAAGCAAAUGCGGAGGUUAAAGCUGCUCAGCAGAAAUACCUCCAUUUGCAGCAGCUUUCAGAGGCUCUGCUGCUCAGCUCACGGUGGGAGAAGGAAAGAAAAGACAUACAACAGGGGCUCCAGACGGUCAAAGACAAACUUAGCCACACAGAGGAAUUACUGUCCACGCAAACCCAAAUCAGCAGCAACCCUAUCAUGGAGAAAAUUAUCAUGGUGAUGAGGGAUGGCCUUGCCUGGGCUAAGCAGACAGAGAGUGACAUUGAGGGCAGGAGGAGGAGUGUGGCGCUCCUCCCUGAAGAGGUUCACCGUCAGCUCCGAGAUCUGAAGAAGCUGCAGUCUGAGGUGAUGGCCAAACAGGGCCAACUGGAGUCACUGGUAGAGGAGGUGACGGAGCUCCUUCCACAGCUGGACCAGGCCGAGGAAGUGCCCAUGGUUCGCACUUCUCUGGAAUCCCUUGAACAGCUCUCAAAGUCCACCACUGAUAAGCUAGCCAAGGCUGUGAGAGAGAUAGAGUCAGGACUGCAGACAAGAGAAAAGCUGUCAGAGCAGAUUGCCGAUCUAGAUUCCUGGGUUGUGGCUCAUCUGCACAGAGAGGCCUCCAGGAGCGCGGACACUGAGUUCAGAAGCCCAGCCGAACUUGAUCGCAGAGUUCGUCAGAUUCAGGAGACCCUGGCAGAGACUGAUAAGCAGGCUGCGGUCUGCGAGGCUCUUUUAAUAAAGAGUAAAGACAUUUCCUCUGAACUCAGCAUCACAGAGAACUGUCAGCUGUUUGAUAAGCUCACUAAUCUCCAGGAUGACAUCAGAGCCAUUCGUAGCUAUGAAAAGGCCAACAAACAGGACCUGGAUGAACUCAUCCAGACUAUAGAUUCAAACAAGAAAAACCUGGUCACCACUGAAAAAAGCCUGAGGCAGAUGUUAGUGGAUCUCAGCAGACACAGGUUUCCCAUCACAAGAGAAUCCCUGCAAGCUUUGCAGCCUUUCAAACACAUGAUUUUGGAGCAUAAGUCCCACAUUGACCUCCUGCAACCCUGGAUUCCCCAGGAAAAGACAAGGGAACUGCACUCGGUCAUUUCUGAACUUCACCGCAAAAUGGUUACCCUGGAAAUGAAAGCCAGAGAUCAUGAAAGGUACCUGAACAUGAGGCAGCGUGUGGAGGACCUCAGGGAGACUGUUCAGGAGCAGGUCCGCCAGACUAAAGAAGACAGCAAGGAGCUGGAGCAGAAGUACAAAGUCUGUCAGACCCUCCUCGUCCAGUUUCCUCUGAUAAAGUAUUUGUGUGAGGAGGCUCACUCCAAACUUCAGAUUAUCUCUGCUGAUCUCUACCCCUCUCAGCUGACCGUAGAACGACAGAGACUCAAGCAAAACGAGGAGAGCCUCGACACCUGGGAGAUUACGCUAUACAACAACCUCAGCAUCAUCGAGUGGGACCUGUUGAAGGAACUGGACCUUGAAUCAGAGAGGAAAUCCACUCAGACCUUCCUCUUGAAGAUGCAGCAGGAGCUGCAGGAGCCCACCGUGUUGGAGCCAAAUGAAACAGUGAUAAACAAAGAAUACCAGAGAAUCAUGUCUGUGAAAAAGACGGUAGAGUCGAGACUGAGAGCACUGGACAUUCUAGAGCAAAAGAAGGGAAAAGGAAGUAGAUCCCAAGAUCUGAUGGUCUUGAAGAAUGCAGUCCUCAGCGAAUGUGACUCAAAAAUGGAAAGCAUCUUCCAGGCCAGAGAGUCUUUGAGGAGCUACACCUGUGCUGUUAAAAAAGCAGUGCAGUUCCUGAGGGACAUCGAGGUCUCUCUGCUGCCACUGCAGGGCUCUGCUGGACUCUGUUCUGAAAGGCUGGAGGAGACGCAGAAGGCUCUGGUUGCACUGCAGCAGCAGUUCCAGACAAAUGUGGAGCAGCUCCAGAGCCAGUUUCCUCUGCAUCCCUGCCUGUCCCCCGUGAAAGUGGAGCAGCUUCAGGAGAAUAUUCUGAGCCGGCUCCUGGUGCGGAUGUCCACUCUCCAGGCAAAGGGCCAUGUCCAGCUGGAGUGUCUCAGCAGAUGUGCAGAGUGUCACAGGAAUUACAUCAAGUGCCAAGAUGAAAUCAUCCAGAGUGUGAAGAGUGCAGAGGACGGCCUAUUACAGUUUAUCUCUCAAAAAGUCACCUGUCUCUCAGACUGCACUGAUCAGGAGGCAAAGCUCAGAGCUCUGUCUGAGGAGAUGGAGUCAUUGCUGAGACGUCUGGAGGAGCUGAAGGAGUGGUGCCCAGAGCAGAGCUGUCGUGGGGGCAGGGAGGCCACCGUGACCGCUCUCUUGAGACGGUUAUCAAGGCUGCAGCGCUGCAUGCAGGAGCUGGCAGCUCGUAGUAAACAGAGGAUCACAGGAUGGAGUGAAAUCAUCAACAGUGUGGAGAAGGCCUCUACCGUCCUGGAGCAAGUGGAGGCGGAGCUUCCUGAUGGCUCACAGGUGAAGGCCUCCACUGAGGACCUUCAUGACCUGCUGCAGUCCUGGGAACAGUACCAGGACAGACUGGACUGUGAGCAUCGUUCCCUGUCUGCACUGGAACUGCGAGCUGCUAGGCUGCUGGGUGUCCCCGCCCACCUGGAGCAGGCCCCUCCCACUCCACUCUGUCAGCAGCUGCAGGCGAUGCAGGCCCGAUACAGCAGUGUGAAGCAGAAGAGCAGCGAGGGUUUGGAGGUGGCCAGGAUGGAGAUGGAGGAGAGAGAAAAGGUUCGGGAGGAGCUGCAGGGCAUCCAGGUUUGGCUGGAAGCUGCAGAUGGUCUUCUGUCUGAGAUGGAGCAGAGCAGCAGCACGCAGGAGCUACAGGACGUCCACAGCCAGCUGUAUGCCCAGAAGGCCUUGCUGCAGCGCAUCAUGGAGAGCCUGAAAAUAAAGUACUCUGACAUGUACACACUGGUCCCAGUCGAGAUUGAAGGCCAACUGCAGGAAGUCACGCAGUCACUGCAACAAGUGGAAGUAAAGGUGGGAGAGGCCGUGGAGAAGAGUGGUCCUGUCCACAGGCUGGGGGCAAAGCUGUCUGAGAUCCAGGCUGGCCUGAGGUCAGUUCAGAAGAGGCUGGAACAGAGAAGUCCAACUGUGACUGAAGCAAAGGUCACUCAGAAGCGUGUAUGGGACGAGCUGGAUGUGUGGCACUCCUGUCUGGCAGCACUAGAGGUGGACCUGCAGGACCUGGAGAAGCCUGAGGAGGCGCUGAUCCUCACAGAGAGACUGGUGGAGGUCCAGCAGCUUCACUCCCAGCUGGCCAAACAGGCCGAGCAGAGGACCACCCUCCUCAGCAAGAUUCAUACGUGGCUUCAGGAGCAUCAGGAGAUGAUCAGCAGCUCUAAGAGCUGGAUGGCUGAAGCUCAGUCAUGGCUCGCCACCCCCUGCACCUACACCACCGCUAAAUGUCUGAGCAGCCAUGUUCACACUCUGCAGAUGGUGCUGAAUGACUCAGCGCAGAUCCGGACCACUCUGCAGGGCUUCAGUUCAGUGCUGCAGGAAAUGUCGCAGGUUUGCGACGUCGCACCUCUCCAGAGUCAGCUGGUCGAAGCUGAUCAGCAGGUGGCCAGUGUUCAAGACAGCUUCGCUGCUCCUCUGUCUCAGCUGGAGCACGCUGCUGCUGAGGUGGAGGCCAUUGAGAGUGAGGUCAGGCGGAUGGAGAACGACGUGGCUGAGAUCAAGACUUUAUUAUCGUCUCCGGAAACUUUCCCCAGCCCCAGAGAGGAAGGACUUAAGGUGGUUGAGCAAAGGAUCCAGUCCAUGAGAAGAACAGUGGCUGAGAUCCAGAAGUGUAAACCAGGCCUUUGUCUUCCAGAGAAGGCUGAAGAGACCCUGUCUGUCUUUUGUGUAGUGGACCAGCUCCAGACUCUGCUGCUGGAAUUGGAGAAGAAAGUCCCUGCUCUGUUCAUUCAGCAGCCUUCGACUCCGAUCCAAGCCAAAGCUCUGUCCGCCGAGCAGGCUGCCGCUCAGCCGAAGCUCCAGAAAUCCACUUCAGAGGAGUCCAAGAAGGAAGACACAGAACAGGGCCAAAUCAAAAUUGUCCAUGUUGAGGAGGAUGUACUGAAGAGAUCUGGAGCCACACUGCUGACUGUGGAGCGGUCCUCACCUGAGCAGAGACAGUCCUGGACACCUGACAGUGCUCAGCAGCGGGAGCAUCAAGGCGUGCUCCAGGCUGAAGAAGCCGGAGAGAAAAGAGACAGUGAGGAGCAGAGAGUGGAAGAAGGUGGAGGAGGUGUUUUGUGGUGGCUCUGGGAUGCUUUCCUGGGCACUUCUCCAGAGGAACCUCUGGUGGUUGUACCAGAAGAGACUGAAGCUGCCACUGGACAAAGCACUGAACAGACUGGAGGACAUGGACAGGAUGUUGAGGGCCCCACUGACACCACAGAAGCAAGUUCAUCUGAAGCUUUAUCAAAACCCCUGGGCACAGUCAGAACUCAGUCCCUGCCCGAGAGCAUGGUAAACACAACCUCGACCGUAAACGUUUCCAAAUCCAACUCUGGGCCUCAACAGAGAUGUGUAGUCUCCGAGAGCGAGAGACAGAGAGAGAGAGAGAGAGAGAGAGAGAGAGAGCCAGGCAGGGGAAAGGGAGGCUCAGACAGGUGUGCUGUGUUUGUGUCCCAGGGACCGGAGGAGCCUCGGCCUGGGGGGCUCCAGCCUGAGCCCUGCCCCAGUGAAGGUGUUCUCCAUGUCUGCCUGGAGAGGGUCAGCCAGCUGGAGCUGUGGCUGCAGAAAGCCGAGGGGAGCCUGGUAGCCACCGGAGCUGCCAGUUCAUCGACCAUGCAAGACAAUGUGGAGCAGCAGCUCCUCACCUGCCAGGAAAUGUUCCUGGAGCUCGAACGGAAGGUGGCGAGCCUGUCACCGCUCGGCCAGGUUUCUGACGUACAGCAGCAGGGUGAACUGGGAGCUGUGGGAUCCCAGCAGGAGGCGGCCGAGUUGCUCUCCUCUAAACUGGAGCUGCUUAAGGCCAAUCUGGUCUCCUUCCAGCAGCUGCUGCAGGACAGACAGGGAGAGGAGAGGACGAUCGCCCACAGAGAGCCACAGGAACAGACGUCAGUGCCUCAGGCAGAGCGCCACCUUGAGUCGAAGCUGAAGCGCAGCAGCAGUGUUCAGGAGCUCUUCUCCUCGCCCAGAAACAAACUCCUCAGACAGAGCAGCCUGCAGCAGCAGAAGGAGCUGGAGCAGGAGCUGACUGAACAGAGAGGACUGACUCAGGCCAUCGCCCGGCAGGGCAGCAGAGCUCGACUCUUCAGCCAGGAGUCCGAGGACCACAGCCAGGCGUCAGCACGGUCGCCUCCUGCUGAGGCUGAUGUGGAGCAGGACUCUGUUCAGAAGAAGUGGGAUCACCUUCACAGUCGGCUGCAGGCUUUGGAGCAGAGCUGGCUGCUUCCUCCCGCCGAUGUGACAGACUCAUCUCUGAGGCGUAGUGAUGGAACAGCGGGACGUAUGAUUGGCACACAAAACCUGAAAGAGCUUCGAACCCUAAUCAGCCAUCUGAGGGAGCUGGGAGAUGCAGCUGCAGAGCGUCUGAGUGAGGCCUCCUCUGCGGACGUCCCCCAUCAGACACUGGACGAGGGUUUGUUUCACGUGCUGUCCGAAGCAUCUUUGUCUCUGUCGUCCAUCAACAACCUGCUGCACUCGCCUGCUGGGAAGUCACCUGAAGAAGACGCAGAGCUGAGGCUGCUGCAGCUGCAGGAUCUGUCGGCAGAGCUGGCAGCCCUUGGCACUGCGCUGGCCUCGUGGGGGUCAAAGGUCAGGGGUGUCCUGGGGUCAGAGUGCGGUCAGCGGUGUGUUGAUGACCUGAGCAGAGUCCUUCCUGUGGUCCAGGCAGCUCUGAGCAGCAGAGAGAAGCAGCUCAGAAACCUGCAGGAGGAGACCGUGACGCAGCAGAGAUCCCUAAAAGAGUUGCAUGCAGCCCUCACCUCUAACCAGGCGACUGUUCAUCACAUAGUUAAUGAGUCCAGUGGAGCGUUGGGCCUUAAUGAACAGCUACAGGCUGUGAUCCAGAUGCAGGAGUCUCUGCAGCAGCAGGCCCAGCAGGUAAACUCUCUGCUGGAGGAGGCUGACCAACGCAGCCUCCCCGCCUCUCUCAUCCACCAGGCCGCGCAGCUUCAGGGGGAGCUGGACUCAUCUCUGGGUGGUGUUAGCUCCUGCUCUGAGGAGCUGAGGAGCAGCGUGGAGCUGCAGCGGCAGUAUGAGCGGCUGGUCCACAGCCUUGAGGAGCUGCUGUCUCUGGGCUCUGAACGUCUCACACUGCCUGACUCAGAGCUCCAGAGCAAAGCUCAGCUCCAGCAGCAGCUCUGCAGUCAUACGAAAUUCUUCCAGUUCCUGGGCCAACAUUUUAGGACCCUGCAGUAUCUGACCCGGAGACUCCCAGAGAGCGUCCUCCACAGGUGGGAAGGUGCAGUGUCGGGCCUGCAGGACGAGGUGGCCCGACUGCAGCAGCACGGGCUGGAGAGAGCAACCAAGAUGCAGGAAGCACUUCAGAUGUGGUCUCAGUGGGACGAGGACGGAGCCUGGUCAGACUCCCUGCUGAAAGAAAUUGAGACUUCAUUUCCCAAGAUGCACAAAGGGGCUGAUUCUGAGGAGCAGAUGUCAGAGACGCUCUCUGUCAACCAGGAGCUCGGAGGCGUUCUGGAGGAGAACAAGGUGCAGUUCAGUCGGAUGCUGGAGGCCGGGCUACGCCUGCAGAGGUCGGGCUGUGGUGGAGCGGGUGUGACCACCAGAGAGCUGGAGGCACGCUGGAGAGCUGUGCACAAGAGGGUGGAGAACGAACGCAGCAGCCUCCACAGGAAAAAGAAACUGAGGAGCAGGUUUCUUCGUGACUCCGUUGCACUGACUGACUGGAUGAACAAGGCCAGAGAGCUGGUUAAUAAAUGGAGUCAGGACACCGUCUCAGCCUGUGAGGAGACGAGACGCGACCAUUACCUGCAGUGUGUGGCUUUGACCAAAGAGGUGCCGACCAGAUCGGAGCUGAAGGUGGCAGUGAUCGGUGCCGGUUCCCAGCUGGUCCAGAUGAUGGAAGCAGACGGAUACUCAGAGGGAAAUGUGGAGGACAAAGAGACUUCGCUGUCUCAGACUUCAGAGCCACAUCUCGGCUGCAUCCACUCCCAGCUCAGGCAGAUAGAGGUGGACUGGUCCAGUCUGCUGGUUGACGUUCCUGUUGUCCAACAUGCUCUGCAUAAGCGGUGGUUGAACACACUGACCCAGCAGGAGGCGCUGAUGGAGCUGCAGGCCUGGCUCGGAGCAGCUGGGUCCCAGCUGGAGCAGAAUCUCAGCAGAGUCGACCAAACAUCCUCCACUGACGCUGAUGUUACACAGCUCCUAAAAUACUGCAAGGAAUGUCAGGUAGAGAUGUCGGCCCAUGAGGCCACACUGGACUAUGUGAACCAGCCAUUACCCACCUGUAGUUCUGAGGACGACCAGAGGGGGCACUAUGAACUCAACCAGUUUGCAGAGGACCUGGGUCAUCUCAACCAUCAGUGGCUCAGUUUACAGGAAACCCUCAGCUCUCAGAUCCAGGAGGUGGAGCAGGAUUUGAGGAACAGAUCGGAGCAGGAGGCCCGACUGCAGCAGAUCAACAGCUGGAUCGCAGAUCAGAGACUCUGGAUGGACUCGGCUCAGGCACCCAGCAGCCAGACAGAGCUGCAGAGGAGCAUCGACACCUGCCAGGGCCUCGGGGAGCAGAUCAGGCAGAAGUCUUCAGCUCUUCAGGAGUUGAGACACAAACUUUGUGGCGGACGAGGAAACAGCAGCAGUGAUUUAAUCUCUCACACAGAUAAAACGAUCCAGGCCUGUGCAGCUCUCGCUCGACAGAACGAAUCAGUGAAGCAGAGGCUGGCUCAGGCUCAGCAGCUGUGGGACUGUGUGGAGCAGAGCCUGAAUCAGAUGAAGCUGAGGACAGUGAGAACGUCUCAGACUCUGGAUUAUCACCCCAGCCCUCAGCUCUGCCUGCAGGCACACAGAGACCUCCAUGAAAGGCUGCAGCUUCUUCAUGAGGAGACAGAAGCUUCAGGGGCAGAGUGGGAUCAGCUGGGUCAAACUGUGUCCUCCCUCAGAGACAUCAUCAGCCCUGCUGCUGUCCUCCUCUCUGAGCAACUGGACAGACAGAGAGACAGUUGGACUGAGGUGUCUGGAGCUCUGGACCAGCAGCUUCAGAAGAGUCAGGGGAUCCUGCAGGUCUGGGAGGUGUACGCCGGACUGGCAGCGUCUUUGUCCCAGCAGCUCCAGACGCUGCAGAGAGACGUCUCGUCUUCUCUGAGUGCAGCGCCUGGAGACGACAACACUGCAGAGCAGGUCGCUGUCAAGGUUCGCAAUGUUCAGAGUCUCAUUGAGAGGACAGACUCUCUGCAGUCUGACCUGGAGGGGGUGCUGGAGGCCUCCAAGGACUUGAUUAGCCACCUGGAACCUUCAGCUGCCGGUCUGGUCCAAUCAGAGAGCAGGUUGUUGUCACGUGGUGUCCUGCAGCUCCGGCAGACACUGACAGAGGAGCAGGCUCAGCAGCAGGAGGAGCUGAAGCGGCUGCAGGAGUUUGAAAACAUCCUGGAGUCACUGGAGAGAAGCCUGGAGGUUUGGCAGCAGCGUCUGGAGAAUGUGGCUCAGACAACAGACCAGUCUGGCCUCCUGGAGCUGAGCGGCCUGUCUGCUGACCUGGAUGUGCUAAAUGAGCUGAGCUGCAGCCUGACGCUGGGCGACGCUGCAGCACGCCACCUGCAACGCCUCAACCACCGCUGGGCCAACACCUCCGCCAGAGCCGAGGAGGCCUGCAGUGAGCUGCAGACGGAGGCGCUGAGGCAGCAGAGCUUUGAGCAGAAGUGCGAGAGCUGGAUGUCCUUCCUGCAGAGGAUGGAAGACAGUCUGACCGUGGACGUGGCCGGUUCUUACACUGGCCUCCGGCAGCAGCUCUGUACACACAAGCGGUUUCAGGCAGAGCUAUCCACUGGUCACCAGAUCCUCCAUUCAGUCAUCACUGAAGCUCUUCAUCUGCUGCAGAAAGGAGAGGUGGACGACAGGAGCGACUUCAUCCUGAAGUUGGCGCAGCUCAGAGAGCACUGGCAGGGGGCGGUGCAGCGUGCCGAACAGCGGCGCUCCCUGGUGGAGGGGCUGGUGAAGCACUGGCACCUGUACAGCCGCAGCCUGAGGAAGCUGCAGAAGUUCCUGUCAGACACUCAGACCCUCCUUCCCCCCGCCGGGCCGGCCCGCUGCAGCCUGCAACAGCUCAGACGCUCCCUACAAGACCUCCAGCACACAGAGCUGUUGUUCCAGAGGUAUCAGUGCAGUUUCAUCCACACUCUGGAGGUCGGCCGGCAGCUCUUCUCCAUGGGGGACGAAGAGACCCAGGCUCAGCUGCAGAUGGAUCUGGGAACCCUGCAGGAGGAGUGGGACAGCCUCCACAGCCUGCUGGGCCGGAGGAUGGACCUCACCGAGGCUAUCAUCAAGAACUGGGAGCGCUGCGAGGCCGGACUGGCAGAGAGCAUGCUGCAGCUGAAGGACGUGAAGACCAGGCUGAACCGGUCGAUGCCUGAGUGUGACGAUGAGCUGCAGAGCGCUGAGAAAUUCAACAAGGAGAACGAGGACUCCCUGGAGGACUGGGCUGAGAGCCUGACGGAGCUGAGCACCAUGAAGACGGAUCUGUCCCAGUACAUCAUCGCCGACGAUGUCCUGCUGCUGCAGGAGCAGGUGGAGCACCUGCACUGCCAGUGGGAGGAACUCUGCCUCAAGGUGUCUCUGCGGAAACAGGAGAUCGCCGACCGCCUGAACGCGUGGAUCAUCUUCAAUGAGAAGAACAAGGAGCUGUGUGAGUGGCUGACGCAGAUGGAGAACAAGGUGGCCCACAACUCCGACCUGAACAUCGAGGAAAUGGUGGAGAAACUGAAGAAGGACUGUAUGGAGGAGAUCAACCUAUUCAGCGAGAAUAAAACGCACCUCAAGCAGCUCGGAGAGCAACUCAUCACUGCCAGCAACAAGACGAAGGAGACGGAGAUCAACGACAAGCUGAAGGACAUCAACGACCGCUGGCAGCACCUGUUUGACCACAUAGAAGCCAGGGUGAGGAAGCUGAAGGAGACUUUGGUGACGGUGCAGCAGCUCGAUAAAAACAUGAGCAACCUGCGGACGUGGCUGUCCCGUAUCGAGGCGGAACUGGCUAAGCCGGUGGUGUACAACGUCUGCCACGGCGAUGAGAUUCAGAGGAAACUGGCUGAGCAGCAGGAUCUGCAGCGGGACAUCGAGCAGCACACGGAGAGCGUGGCGUCGGUGCUGACGCUGUGCGACGUCCUGCUCCAUGAUGCCGAUGCCUGCGGCAGCGACUCGGAGAAUGACUCGAUCCAGCAGACCACCCGCAGCCUGGACCGUCGCUGGAGGAACAUCUGUGCCAUGUCUAUGGAGAGGAGGAUGAGGAUCGAGGAAACCUGGCGUCUCUGGUGUAAGUUCCUGGACGACUACUCUCGCUUUGAGGACUGGCUGAAGACAGCUGAGCUCACCGCCGCCAACCCAGGCUCUGCUAACGUCCUUUACACCAGUGCUAAGGAGGAGCUGAAGAAGUUCGAGGCGUUCCAGCGGCAGGUUCACGAGCGUUUGACUCAGCUGGAGCUGGUCAACAAGCAGUACCGCCGCCUGGCCCGGGAGAACCGGACCGACGCCGCCAGCAAGCUCAAAGUCAUGGUCCACGAGGGGAACCAGCGGUGGGACGGCCUGCAGAAGAGGGUGGCUGCUGUACUCCGCAGACUCAAGCACUUUACCUCUCAGAGGGAGGACUUUGAGGGAACUCGGGAGGGGAUCCUGGUCUGGCUGACAGAGAUGGACCUCCAGCUCACCAAUGUGGAGCACUUCUCUGAGAGUGACAUUGAAGACAAGAUGAGGCAGCUCAAUGGCUUCCAGCAGGAGAUCACCCUCAACACCAAUAAAAUCGACGCCCUCAUCGUGUUCGGGGAGAACCUGAUCCAGAAGAGCGCCCCUCUGGAUGCCGUGCUGAUCGAAGACGAGCUGGAGGAGCUGCACUCCUACUGCCAGGAGGUGUUUGGCAGGGUGGCUCGCUUCCACCACCGCCUCGUCAACAGACGCCCGGUGCUGGAGGAGGAGAGGGAGCUGUCAGACCGGGACACAGACCUGGACGACUCACCUGAUCUGUCCAAUGAGACGUUGUGGACAGAAACGAGGAAGGAGGAGGAGGAGGCCCCAGUGGCGGGUGGAGUCUCAGCUGGACGGCAGGCCAUGUGCCACCUGCUGGCGCCUCCUCUGGAGCGGUCAGGAAGAGAGACCCCCGUCAGCGUGGACUCCAUCCCGCUGGAGUGGGACCACACCGUUGAUGUGGGAGGAUCCUCGUCGCACGAGGACGAUGAGGACGCCACCUUCUUCAGUGCUCUGUCAGAUGUGCAGGUCACAGAGAGCUCAGAGGCGUUUGUUAAAGCCACUGUCAGAGCAGUGAAAGCAGCCUCGGUGAAGUCAGUGACAGACCCGCCCAGCUGGCACCAGCCCGGCUCCCCGGAGAGGAAACGAGUUCCCCGAGAAAUCAUCCGAGGCCUGAGCUCGUCUCCCACACACACCACCAGCUCUCCGUUCCACCAGCACGGCUACGCUAAGCUGAUGUCCGAGUGCAGCGGCAGCAUCGACAGCGUGAAGAGAGUCAAGCUGAUACUGAACGAUGAGGAGGAGCUGGAGGACACUGGUCUGACCAGCAGCACGGCCGACAAACACACCAGCACAGGUGUGAUCGAGCGCUGGGAGCUGCUGCAAGCACAGAAGCUCAGCAGCGAGACGGACAUCAAGCAGGACCUGGAGCGGUGGCAGAAGCUGAACUCUGACCUCUGUGAUGUCACUUCCUGGUUGGCCAGAGUGCUGCCGGAGCUGGAGAGGCUGCAGCGGAUCGCGCCGUCCACCGGCAUGCGAGACAUCGAGGUCAACAUCAGGAAGCUGAAGGAGAUGCAGAAGAACUUCAACAGCUACAAGUGUCUGAUGAUCUCCAUCAACCUGAACAGCUGUCGCUUCCUGCGGGGCGACAGCGCCGAGCUGCGGGAGCUGCAGGAAGCUCUGAGCUCGGCCAACCUCAGCUGGACGCAGGCCUGCAGCGGCCUGGAGAGCUGGGAGAGGAGGCUGCACUCCGCUCUGCUGCAGUGUCAGGAGUUUCAUGAGACGCUGCACUCUCUGUUGCUGUGGCUGGCUCAGGCCGAGAACAGGCUCUACGCUGUGAACGUCAGCGACCUGUUGACCUCCCGCUCGGCUCUGCUGGAGCACCGAGACACGCUGACGGAGCUGCAGGAGGAGCUGCGUGGGCGUCAGCGACAGGUGUCCUCGCUGCAGGACAUCUCCUCUCAGCUCCUCCUGGAGGCCACCGCGGAGGACAGCAUGGAGGCCAAAGAGAAGGUCCAUGUCAUCGGCAACAAACUGCGUCUCCUGCUGCGACAGGUGGCCUCUGACCUGCUCACGCUGCAGGGACGACUGGAAACCUGCUCAACCAGCUCUGAGGUCGACAGCAUCGGUCUGGGAACACUCAGCUCUCCUCUGCUGCUGCAGAAGGAGGCGACUGGUCUACAGGCAGCUGCGGUCGGACAAACAGCAACCAGAAGGGAGGAGCGGAGGGACUCUUCCCCACACCGACCCUUCUUUUACCGGGUUCUACGGGCUGCCUUCCCCCUUCACCUGCUCUUCUUCGUGCUGCUGGUUCUGGCCUGCCUGGUGCCUCUCUCUGAAGAGGACUACAGCUGUACACUGUCCAACAACUUUGCACGCUCCUUCUACCCCAUGCUGCGUUACACCAACGGCCCUCCGCCCACAUGAGCACUGCCAAGUCCGUCUCUGACGUCUCCUGACGGGGGAAGGACUGAAAAAGAAAGAACCACAUCAGGUUGAACUCUAAAAUCAACAGUGUUACGAUGUAAGUUCAAAUACACCUUCUCCCUUCCACAAAAAAGAAGCACCGCCCUCCACGUUCUGAAGGCCCAACUUUGUGUUUUUUGACUAAAUUUUAUUGGUGUAUUUAAAAAUGUAUUUAUUACUUGUGGAGCUCUACAGUUAAAUAAGAUGAAGCCAUAUUACUGGUCUGUUUUAAAGUUGUGUGAUUUUUUUAUUAAUAUAUAUAGAUUUGCUAGUUAACGUCCCCGAACAUCCUCAACAAACGGUGCAAAGAAAAGGUCUCGAGAAUUAUUUUGAUAUCUAUAUUUUGUAUGUUCACAACAGUCUAUGGUGUCGAGUUUGAAGGAUAAAGGACAGUUAUUACCAAAGCAUCCAGAAGCUGAGAAGUACACUCGCCAUUUUCUACCACUGCAGCUAUUUUUACUGGUUUUCCUAGAAGGCAGCCACUUUUUGCUAGCACAUUUUGUACAGAACUGAAAAGAGGUGUUUUGUUUUUGUUUGAUUUAGACGUAUUUAAGAGCUGUAAGCUAUGACUUUUUUUUUAAUGAUGGCAGUGACUCAUCUGCAGACAUGCCUUUCUGUAGCCAACAGAACUAUCAUAAUUGAUCAGAUAAUAAUAUACUUUUAACGGUGUUAUUAAUGACUUUUGUAUAUAACGGCAAACUACUGAGAAAGAAAUAGGUAAAUUAUUGCUUUUGUGUAUGAAUGUGUGUCAGAUUAAUUUAACGUGGGGCAAUCGUUCAAAGUCCUAUUGGCUUUUUUUGUAAUGGCCUUAAAGCUGAAUUUUGCCGCUCCCUCUCUCUUGCGAGAGAGUCUGUUAAAAAAUGUUCCACUGAUAAUGUAAAGGUUACGUUAUUUUUUGAAGACUGUAGCAAAUCACUGAACCUGAAGGUUUUGAAAAGAGGCACAGAUCCUCAGAUUAAAGCUGCAUUAAGCGAUUUUUGAUCAUUAGGGGACAGAAAGAUUUUGAACACACCAACAGAAACACAACUAUGACAUAGCAAUAACUAAUCGUGUUCUUUUACAAAUGUAGCCGACACAGAGCAACAUUAUCCCACUGACAGAGCCACAGUUCCUCUUUACUGAAUACUAGCUAACUCUGUUUAUCUGCUGUUUGGUGCUGGGCACACACGUGAUUAGAGUCAUACUCUAAGAAAUACUGCUUAAUGAAGCUUUAAAGUGAUUUUCAUUUUUCUUGUUUUUGAGAUUUUUUGAGGUUUUACAGUGACGCAGCAAUAUUAUCUCUGGCUGAGCGUCAGCAGCAGACACGUCACACUGCCAGCUACAACAUCAUCUAAACCUUUAAGAAUAAUUUAGUGUCGUUCAGGACUUACCCAGUGUCGUCCACGUUGACCCCAUGAAGUAAAGACCUGCCGGCAUUAAGCAGGUUAAAACAAAUCAUUAUUUCAGAGUUACAUUGUGUUGUUGAUGAUGUGUGUGUGUGGGAUUUACCUGAACGCUGCUGUGAAACACUCUUCCUCCGUGCAGCUGAAGGACUGGUGUCAGAAUCUGUAACACGGCAGACUUGGGGUAGAACAUGAAUGUAAGUGAUUCUUUGGGCAUUGAAUGUAGCUGUGUACAUGCACAAUCAAAGAUCAUUAAACGUUGCUAAACUACAAUGUUAGUAUAAAGAUUACAGAGAAGGUUUUGUGUCACUUGAUUUGAAUCUGUGUUUGAUCCUAAUUUGUACAUAAGCUCCACCUCUGCUCAGAGGGCUAACAGAACAGAAGCAAACAACAGAAACGUGUGGAAAGUUUGAUUUAUUUUGUGAACACUUAUUUAUGGGAUGUAUAGAUUGUCAUUAUUGGAUGACAAUAAACCGUGUUUGCCAUGA